AUGCGAAAAAACUUUUACGCUGGUUUUUGGAGGGAAAAAACGUUAAUUGACUUUUCAUGUAUCAAUCAAGUAUGCAAGGAACCAAUUGCCACCGAACAAGAGUGCCAGGAAAUCGAAGUUAGCGAAAAAGAAGGGGAAAGCGAGGAAGUGCCUGAAGGGGAUUUCGCCGUAGCUGAGGAUAUCACACAACUCAGUGAAUCUGAAACCGCUGAGCAGCAAGCUGAAGCUGAUUUGGAGACAGCUGUAGAGCAGGAAGAGCAACUUAUGGAUUCACUGCUGAUCAGUCGCGAUACAGAAAUAUUCGAGAAUAAGCAGGAGAUGACGGAUACGACGCGACAACAUCAUGACAUGUUCGAAAGUCGCGAAUCGCAGCGAGAACAGGCAGAAAUAGAGCAGCGUAGUGAAGCUGCUGUUCGAGAUAAUGGACAGAUAGGAUCUGUUGAGGCUGGAGACUAUAGCUCAACAAGAGAGGUAGGGAAGGUGGUUAGCCCCGAGCCCACUAUGAUAGAGUCAAAAGAGGUGAGUUAGUC